UCCGUGAUUAAUUCAGGCAAAGAGUCUCGUUGAAGUUGUCAUAUUCCUGUGUCCUUGUCCCGGCUUCCGCCUCCCGGUAGAAAAGCAGUAGAGCUCUAGCAUAUGAUACAUAGAGUCAGAGAGACGUAGAAGCUCGCAGCGUGCAAAGAAAACAAAGAAGAAAAUGAUGAGCGCUCAGCCUCAACCGCCGAGUAGUAUGAUGUCUCAGGCUCAAGGGUAUCAGCAUCAUCAUCAUCAACCAACUUCAGUGGAAGAGGUCAGAACCCUUUGGAUUGGGGAUUUACAGUAUUGGGUCGACGAAAACUACCUCACUACCUGCUUUGCACACACCGGCCAGGUGAUUUCAAUAAAGAUAAUACGUAAUAAAAUCACUGGCCAGCCAGAGGGUUAUGGGUUUGUGGAAUUUGUUUCUCAUGCUGCAGCGGAAAGGGUUCUGCAUGCUUACAAUGGGACACUAAUGCCUGGAACUGAACAAAAUUUUAGAUUGAACUGGGCUUCGUUUGGUAUUGGGGAAAGACGCCCUGAUGCUGGCCCUGAGCACUCUAUUUUCGUAGGGGAUUUAGCCCCUGAUGUUACAGAUUUUAUGCUGCAAGAAACCUUUCGAACUCAAUAUUCUUCGGUUAGAGGUGCCAAGGUUGUGACUGAUCCAAACACUGGACGCUCAAAGGGAUAUGGGUUUGUCAAGUUUGCAGAUGAGACAGAAAGGAACCGUGCUAUGACAGAAAUGAAUGGUGUUUAUUGCUCAACUAGGCAGAUGCGUAUCAGUGCCGCAACACCAAAGAAAACCACCGGUUUUCAGCAGCAAUAUGGUGCAACAAAAGCAGUAUAUCCUAAUCCAGCAUACACUACACCAGCAGUUCCCGUGCUUCCAGCAGAUUAUGAUGCAAACAACACUACAAUUUUUGUUGGUAACUUGGAUCCUAAUGUCACGGAGGAGGAACUGAAGCAAAGUUUUAUGCAGUUUGGAGAGAUUCCCUAUGUCAAGAUUCCUGUGGGCAAAGGAUGUGGUUUUGUACAGUUUGGGACAAGGGUAUCUGCUGAAGAAGCUAUCCAAAGGAUGCAGGGAACGAUGAUUGGUCAACAAGUAGUCCGCAUUUCUUGGGGCAGGAGCCCAACAGCUAAACAGGAUGUACCUGGUAGCUUUGCUCAGCAAGUAGAUCCAAGCCAAUGGGCUGCAUAUUAUGGUUAUGGACAAGGCUACGAUGCCUAUGCUUAUGGGGCUACCCAGGAUCCAUCAUUAUAUGCAUACGGUGCAUAUGCUGGUUAUGGCCAAUAUCCUCAACAGGUUGAAGGAGUUCAAGAUCUUGCAGCUAUGGGAGGUACUGUCCCCUCCGUGGAACAGAGGGAGGAGUUGGAUGAUCCCUUGGCUACACCUGAUGUUGAUAAGUUAAACGCAGCUUACCUCUCUGUUCAUGGAAGGGCCAUCUUAGGCCAUCCGAUGUGGCUGAGAACAUCAUCCUUUACUCAGCAAGCUUAGUCAGGUUUAGCAUAAUGUCAUGACAUUAGUUUGGUUGGGAUUGUCUCAAUUUUUUCAGAGAUAGACAUGAUAAAUGCAAGAGAAGAUGCAAUCAGAUGUGCUUCACAUUCAUAAACAAUGGAUAUAGUGGGUGUAACUGAGGCUGGGAAGAGUAUUGUGGCACUGCACUUAUUUUAUUAUUCUGUAGGAGUUAAGUCCCUCUGAUUUUCCAACCAGAGGCUGGCGAUUUGGAUCUCUCGGUACAAAACUAUGUUAAGUUGGAGACCUGGUGCCUAUGACAAAGGUCUAGGUUUUUGUCCAAAUGAAACAAAAAUAUCACAAAGACCCCCCCGUUAAGAUUUAAUCAUAACAAACUUUAAAGAAAAGGAAGAGGCCCUAACGGAAAUUUUCUA